GCGGCGGCGGCGGGUAUGCACGGGGGACAGCGGGGCGUGUCUGAGCGUGUGUCCCGGUGCGUGUGGCGGCGAGAGGCCGCGGGCAGGAGCGCGUGCCGUCCCCGGAGCAGUCCCGCCGCGGGCCGCAGGGUGGUGCUCCUGGCCAAGGCGGCGCCGAGCGGCUGCGGGCGGGGAGAGGCCGAGCCCAGCGCAGCGCAGCGCAGCGCAGCGCAGGCGGGAGGAGGCGGCGGAGAGCGGCGGCAGAGAGCGGCGGCGGAGAGCUGUUGUCCGUGCUCUGAGCUCGGUGUGAGCCGCCGGCGGGCCGGGGCGGCCGCGCUCCGGGCUCCGUCCGCACCCGGCGAGAGGCAGCGAGGGAGGCAGCGAGGGAGGCCGCUUGCCGGGCGGCCGGAGGCUGUCCGCCGCCCCGCCAUGGCGGCUGCAAGGCAAGUGCUGUGUCUGUGGGCUUUGCUGGGCGUGCCGCGCGUUCGCUGCGAGCCCAUCCGCUACUCCGUGGCCGAGGAGGGCGAGAGCGGCUCGGUGGUGGCCGACGUGGCGGAGGACGCGGGGCUGGCCCCGGCGCAGCUCUCGGCUCGCCGGGCGCGCAUCGCCUCGCCGGCCGGCCGGCAGCACUUUCGCUUGGAGCGCGGCAGCGGCCGCCUCGUUGUCGCCGAGCGGCUCGAUCGGGAGGAGAUGUGCGGACGCUCCCGCACCUGCACGCUCGCCUUCGAGCUGCUGCUCGCCGACCCGCUGCAGUUCUUUCCGAUCGAGGUGUCCGUGGAGGACAUCAAUGACCACUCGCCGGUCUUCCCGGACGAACGAGUGACCUUUAAGAUCCCCGAAACCAGCGACCCGGGCACACGUUUCCCUGUGGGGGCGGCUCAGGACUUGGACAUUGGCAGCAAUGACAUCCAGGCUUAUAGCAUUUAUCCUAAGAACGAAUUCUUCAGUGUCUCCUCUCGGACUCAAAGCGAGAGUGAAAUGCAUGUUGAUCUCAUUCUGGAAAAGCCUCUGGACAGAGAGGAGCAGCCAGAGAUGGAUUUCACGCUCAUUGCCACAGAUGGGGGCUCUCCACCAAGAAGUGGUUCCACCCAAAUCCACAUCGUUGUUCUGGAUGUAAAUGACAAUGUUCCCGUCUUCACACAGAAGGUGUAUAUGGGUCAAAUUUCUGAAAGUGCUCCGGAAGGAUCCAUAGUCCUCAGGGUAGUGGCUAAUGAUGCUGAUGAUGGAAUAAAUGGCGACAUAACAUAUGACUUCAGCCAAGCAAGUGGUCAGAGUUAUUUGGAUUUUGCAGUUGAUGCCAUGAGUGGUGAAAUUCGUGUCAUGAAACCUCUGGAUUAUGAGCAAACAUUGAAAUAUGAAUUCAGUGUGAGGGCGAUGGAUGGUGGAGGUCUUUCAGCCAUGUGUAAGGUAGUGGUGGAGGUGCUGGAUGUGAAUGAUAAUGCACCAGAGAUCGUGGUCAGUUCCUUCAGUAGCCCACUCCCUGAGAAUGUAGCACCUGGAACAGUGGUCGCACUCUUUGCUGUCAGGGAUCAGGAUUCCGGUGUCAACGGGGAGAUUACAUGUGCCCUUGAAGAACAGCGUUCCUUCUCCCUCAGGCCAGCCUUCAAGAACUACUACGAGCUGGUGACCGUGAGCACGUUGGACCGGGAGGAGAGAGCACAGCACAUGGUGGUCGUCACGGCAGCAGAUGCAGGCUCUCCUCCUCUCACCAGCACCCACACCUUCAGCGUGGACAUCUCCGAUGUCAACGACAACGCACCCGUCUUCAACCAGACGUCGUACACCAUGUACGUGCAUGAGAACAAUGCACCUGCACUGCUCGUCGGGGCCGUGAAGGCGACGGAUGCGGACGCGGGGCCCAACGCCAAGGUGAGCUAUUCCGUGGUGCCAGCCCGUGGCCCGGAAGAAGAGCCCUGCUCGUGUGUGUCCGUGAACUCGGAGAGCGGAGGCGUGUUUGUGCUGCGGCCGCUGGACUACGAGCAGCUGAGGCAGCUGGAGGUGGUGGUGAGCGCUGCAGACGCGGGGUCCCCUCCCCUCAGCAGCAGCGUCAGCGUCCGCCUGCUGGUGGUGGACGAGAACGACAACGCGCCGCUGGUGCUGCACCCCAGCGCGCAGGACAGCAGCCCUCCUUCCAGCGAGCUGGUGCCCGCCGGGGCCGAGGCGGGGGACCUGGUGAGCAAAGUGGUGGCCGUGGACGCCGACUCGGGUCAGAACUCGUGGCUUUCCUACCAGCUGCUGAGGGCCACGGAGCCGGGGCUGUUUGCUGUGGGUGCCCAAAGCGGGGAGGUGCGGCUGAGGAGGCCGCCGACCGAGAGGGACGCUGCGAAGCAGAAGCUCGUCGUGCUGGUGCGGGACAACGGGCGGCCGCCGCUGUCGGCCACGGCAGCGCUCAGCGUGCUCCUCGUCCCCGGCUCCUGGGACGCUCAGCUGCCGCAGCAGAGCCCUGCUGCAGGCGAGGACGACGGCUCCCUCACCACCUCUUUGAUCAUCGCCUUGGUCUUUGUGUCGCUCCUCUUCUUGCUGUCGGCGGCCGCCUUUGUCGCCUGCAAGGUGUGCAAGAGGAAGGAGCUGAGUAGCGGGCCCGUGCUUUACGGCGCCAGCAGCGUGCAGAGCUACGUGGCUGCCGGGGCCGCUGCCGGGACCCUGCCCCACGCCUAUUGCUACGAGGUCAGCCUCACCACGGGCUCGGGCAACAGCGAGUUCAAGUUCCUGAAGCCCGUCCUCCCCAGCCUGCCAGCGCAGCACUGCAGCACGGGGGUGGGUGGCGCCCAUGCUGAGGAGUUCCCUCCCGUGCCUGUCACUAUGGGGGAUGCUGAUUUCGAGAGCCCCGGGAUGCAGUCUGUGGCACAAUUGAAUGGGUUUUAAUUUGCACAGGGUCUCCAGUUCGGGUAGAUUCGUGGCUCGUUUAAUUGGCAAUUGGGUUUGAUGGUUAAUUGCAUGUCCCCUUGUUUAGAUCUGCAUUUGUCAUUUGCAUCCCAUAGCACAAGGUUGCUGUGCGUUCCCUCUGCUUCCCUGAAAGUACAGCAGCAACGUGAUUCAAGUUUCAUGCAUGUCAAAUAAUGGUAUUUUUAUGAUCUGUGAUGUCUGUUUCUGGAAUGCUUUCGCAGUGGGUUUCUUUCCAUGGUGCCCCACUCAUUUCUUCCCCAUUUGCUGGGUGAUCGUUUGGGCCAUGCUUAUUCCUUAGGGGGAUACAGAACUGCACAGCUGCGGGGCUCAGUCUGGAGGGCAGUUUUCUGGGAGUUCCCUUAGGUAGUCCAGAGUCUGCACAGCCGGUGUCUUUGUGGCUUGAGAAAGGAAGGUCUCUGUGCAGUGGCAUUCAUCUCCAGAGGGAUGUUGCAUUUGCAAUUGGCAUUGUGCAUUCCCAGACGGCUGAGUGAGAAGGACGGUUUCCCUCCAUGUUCCAUGAUUGUCUUGAGGGACAUCACGCGUCAAGUGAAUGACAGCCAGGGGAUCAGGCCUAGCCGGCAUGGGUUCACAAAGGGCUGGUCCUGCUUGACCAACCUGAUCUCCUUCUAUGAUCCAGUGACCCGUCUGGUGGAUGAGGGAAAGGCUGUUGAUGUAGUCUACGUAGAUUUCAUCAAAGCCUUUGACACUGUCUCCCACAGUAUUCUCCUGCAGAAAGUGGCAUUCCGUGGCUUGGACAGAUACAGUCUUGUCUGGGUAAGGAACUGGCUGCAGGGCCGGGCCCAGAUGGUGGUGAAUGAAGUUGAACCUCGGUGGUGACUAGUCACGAGUGGUGUUCCGCAGGGUUCAGUGCUGGGGCCUGUCCUGUUUAAUAUUUUUAUUGAUGACCUGGAUGAGGGCAUUGAGUGCACCCUCAGGAAGUUUCCAGAUGACACCAAGCUGUCUGGAAGUGUUGAUCUGCCUGAGUGUAGCGAGGCCCUACAGAGGGAUCUGGAUAGGUUGGAUAGCUGGGCUGAAGCCAAUGGGAUGGGAUUCAACAAGACCAAAUGCUGGGUCCUGCACUUUGGCCGCAAUAACCCCAGGCAAUGCUAGAGGCUUGGAGCAGAGUGGCUGGAAGACUGUGUAGAGGAAAUGGACCUGGGGGUGUUGAUUGACGCUAGACUGAACAUGAGCCAGCAGUGUGCCCAGGGGGCCAAGAAGGCCAAUGGCAUCCUGGCUUGUAUCAGAAAUAGUGUGGCCAGCAGGAACAGGGAAGUAAUUAUCCCCCUGUACUCAGCACUGGGGAGGCCGCACCUCGAGUACUGUGUCCUGUUUUAGGCCCCACACUGUUUGACAGACAUCGAGGCCCUGGAGUGUGUCCAGAGGAGGGCAACAAAGCUGGUGAGGGGUCUGGAGCACAGGUCUUAUGAAGAGCGGCUGAAGGAGCUGGGAUUGUUCAGUCUAGAGAAGAGGAGGCUCAGGGGAGACCUUACUGCUCUCUAUAACUUCCUGAAGGGAGGUUGUAGUGAGCUGGGGGUCAGCCUCUUCUCUCGGGUGACUAGUGAUAGGACUGGAGGGAAUGGCGUCAAGCUGCGCCAGGGAAGAUUCAGGCUGGACAUUAGGAAAUACUACUUGUCUGAAAGGGUGGUCAGGCACUGGAAUGGGCUGCCCAGAGAGGUGGUGGAGUCACCGAUCCUGGUGGUGUUCAAAGAGCGUUUGGAUGUUGUGUUGAGGGUCAUGGUUUAGCGAGAAGCAUUGGUGAAGGGUGAAUGGUUGGACUGGAUGAUCCUGUGUGUCUUUUCCAACCUUAGCAAUUCUAUGAUUCUAUGAUUCUCUGACAGAAGCUGACAAACAGAAAUUUGUAACACGUUUCAGGAGUGCUGUGGUUUGCUGUGUGUGGAGCUCUGCAUUCCAAAGUGCUGCAGGCACUGCAUUCUUCCUUUGCUGAGUUGUGCUUCUCUUUUUGUUUGCUCUGUGUUUUGCCUCCUGCUCAUUAUGUCUCUCCAUACAGAUGUGCCCUUAUCCACCCACUCUGAUGUAUUGUCUUGCAGCUGAGCUGGGAAAUUGUGUCAUUGCCGAGGAUUAGGAAUUGUGUUGGACUGCAUAUAGACACAUAGCUCUGAAAGUAAUGCCUCCUAUUUAUUUCCAUGGAAAAUACAACUCUUAAAUGACACACAAGAACCCUGCCUGAUGGAUUGGAAUCAUAGUUACAGAAUUCGAUUUUUCAUCGUAAUCCCCAUUGUACCUCUGCAUUUUACGGGCUGUGAACCAAAGCCUUCAUGUUGCACUCAUAUUAAUCUUUGACAGAGGAUGUGGCCCUCUGUAGCCACUGCAGAAAUACAUCAUGCAACAGCUCACGGUGCUCACAUCCACUCUUUGUCCUCCAUAAACAUUCAGCAAGCGUUAGUGAAUGUCAGUGGGUGCAAUUCUUUGUGCAUGGAUGAGUGCAGCGAUGCACUUCCUUGUGAGAUGCCAUUUGGUCAGAUUGUCCCUCUAUUGCCAUCCAUCACAUGGUAUCAAAACACAGUGGGAUAUUGGUGGGAACGUUCAGCCUCCGCUUUGUACCACCAGCGUUUGCCUUGGACAGCAUGGGCCACCACAAUAAAUCGGGAGGCAUUACUUUCAGAGCAGCACUGAUGGAAUACACGGAAUCGUAAUUAUGUACAUAAUAAAACAUUUGAAUUGUCAA